AAAUGAGUCGGCUCUCUUUCCGUCCGCGGCCACUGGACAUUCACAAGAAGCUUCCGAUUUUGAAAUCGUAUAAAGACUUUGAAGACGACGACACGCCAACUAGGAACCCUCAGCUGCUGCGUUUAGCUUCUUCCGUAGAGCUUGACCAUGAGGUGUCUCCAGUGCCAAGUAAGAAGCUUGCUUCAGAGAUACCAACGCCUCAGUUUGUUGUUGUGGACACGUAUGAACGAGAUUAUUCUCCGACGUUUGGUCAACCUGCUUCUUAUCUACGUGCAAGAGGAGCUCGGUCUGAGCUUGGAGAGUUUGUGGAGUAUGAUCUUGACAAUGAGGAUGAUGACUGGCUUUAUGAGUUUGAUAAAGAUAACAAGCAGCUUUCGCCUGAAAUGUUUGAGAGCAUUAUUUUUAAACUAGAGGUGUUGGACCACAAGACGCGGGAAAGGGCAGGAGUUAUUACACCUACCCUUGGCUCUCCAGUUUCUGUGCUUUUGCAGCUUGAUGGUGCUAUUGAGGCGCUGCAAUCACUGUCUAUUAAUUAUGGAGUCUUCCAGGCUAUCUUCAACUACUGGAAAGACAAGCGCAAAAGAUGGCAGAAGCCUAUCUUACGGCGUUUGCAGCCUCCUCCACCGGUCAAUGACACCAAUCCCUACAAUGUGUUUAGGCCGAGGGAGAAAGCUCACAGACUCCACACAAGAAGGAUGCAGAGGAGAGAAAACAAUGUGCAGUCAUUUGAAAAGCUUCGACAGGUUAGACGCAAUCUUGACCAAGCGAAGACCAUUCUGGAGGCUCUCAUUAAGAGAGAAGAAAAGAAGAGGGAUGUCAUGGAUGGCGAGGUUAGCCUUCAAAGAAUGCAACUCCAAUACAGGCAUGAAACAGAGCUCUUGGAAGAUACCUUGGGUCUGCCUGGGUUUCCACCAGCUACAACAUCUUACAAAUUUGGCUCAAGCGACGAGGAGUUCAUGGACUCAGAUGACUACACUAGCACCCAUGUACGCGCAAGACCUUCCCUUAUCCCCAACUCUCGUUUCACAAACUCAAACCUCAAUGUAUCUCAACACGGAGGCAUAAAACAAGAAGUUAGAAGACGACACUCGCACCACAAUUGGCUUCACAAACUAGAUCCAAAUGAACCGGUCAUGCUGUUCACGAAACCGCUGGUUCCUGAGAAACUAGCAGCUGCAGGGAUCGUUCCUCCAGCACCUGAUGCAACCUCCGGUGGUCAACAACCUCAAAGGCGGUUUCAGGGGAGGAUAGGGCGUGGUGGAAGGAUAAUAUUCGAUAGAUGGAAUCCUUUGAUGCAAUCUCACAUCAACUGUGGAAACUCUCUCUACAUUGCACCAAAUCACCGUUCUACCAACUUCAACUGAAACGCACAAUCUUUUUUUGUAAAGAAUCUUCAGUGAUGAAGAUGUGUAAUGUAAUAACUCGCAAGCACUUUGCGACUCUAGUUUAAAUUGUUAAUUUUUUUACUGUAUUCGAUUCGGUUUUAAUUUAUAAUCCGGUUAUGUCACCGGUUCAGAAAACUAUUAGCUACUGUUGUCAGGGACUAAAUUAUAAUAAUAUCUUAAUUUCGGGACUAA